CAGCGGCUCUCGGGACGGUCAGUCUGCGAUCGGCGUCCGUGCAGUCAGUAUCGUGUCCGUCGAAGUUCGAUCACCGUGAUCAACCGUCCCUCCAGUGCAGUGGUAUUCGCAUAAAUUCGAGUGACUGUGGAAAUUAUUUUUCGGAAGGUGCCGUUUAUCGAGCAGACAGAUUAGCACCGCGAUAUACGUUUUCAUUAUCUUAUCACGGGACCCGAGAGGAGAGAAGGUGUAGUAGACCGCUUUGCGGCGAGCGUUACGCAAUCGUCUCGCGACCAACAGGAAUAAUGAAGUCGAAGACGAGCGAGAGUUUUAUAGCGAGUGAAAGUAACGGGGUCAAGAAGGACCAGGAGCACAAGCAAAAGCAACUGAAGCGAGGUAAAACAUUCUGCCAGUCUUGCAAGAAGAAGUGCAGCGGGGAGGUGCUACGAGUACAGGACAAGUAUUUCCACAUAGGGUGUUUCAAGUGUGCUCAGUGCAAUGCCAGCUUAGCGCAGGGUGGUUUUUUCGCACGCGAGGGCUCUUACUACUGCACCAAGGAUUACAGAGAACGUUGGGGCACAAAGUGUGCAGGCUGCGGCGAAUACGUGGAGGGCGAUGUGGUCACCGCCGGCGACAAACACGCGUUCCAUCCGAACUGUUUCCAUUGUCAGAGAUGCAGGCAGCCCCUGCUGGGCCAAGGGACAAAAGUGUCCCUCGUCCAAGGUCAAGCUCUGUGUCAUCGAUGCGUCGGUAUCCCGGUUCGAGAGGCCUCGACGCCGGUCGGUAAUAAUUCUGCCACCAGAGGAUCCGGAGACGGGCCCUCCGACCCCGGUGCUUGUGCCGGCUGCGGAAACCAAUUACGAGAAGGUCAAGCUUUGGUCGCUCUUGAUCGACAGUGGCACGUAUGGUGCUUCAAGUGCCACAGCUGCGAUACCGUGCUCCAUGGCGAGUACAUGGGAAAAGACGGGGUGCCUUACUGCGAGAAGGAUUACCAGAAGCAAUUCGGGGUGAAAUGUGCCUACUGCAACCGCUACAUCAGCGGCAAGGUCCUGCAAGCCGGUGAUAAUCACCAUUUCCAUCCGACUUGUGCGCGAUGCACCAAAUGCGGAGAUCCAUUCGGAGACGGGGAGGAAAUGUACCUACAAGGUGCAGCCAUAUGGCAUCCUCGUUGCGGACCCGGUCCGAGUGGACCAAACGGUAUCGUAAAUGGUCACGGUGAAGCUCACACUCCUCAGCAUCGAGAGUCAGAACGGAUUUCCAGCAGCGCCUCGGAGAUGCAGUUUUCAUUGCGGUCACGCACGCCAAGCCUGAACGGAUCACUCUGCAGCCCUUACAGCAGCCUCAGUCGCAAGUAUUACCCUGCACGAACCGGCAGUCCUGGAUUGAUAUUACGAGAAUAUGGACGCGGUCCAUCCGAGGAUGUGUCUAGGAUUUACACGUACUCGUAUCUCACCGAAACACCCAGCCAGGGAUACUUGAGACGUCCGAUACAGCCGUACGACAAACCUCCGACUAGCCCACACUUUCAUAGACCCAGCUCGUCUCGUUCGAUAAGAAGCAGCGGUGGACGCAGUAGCCGAUCAGGAAUGCGAGCUCUGGUCGACGCUCUGAGCGAGACCAGACCAAAGUCACCGGCCAGUCAAGUAGAUAAUGACGAGCCAAUAGAGUUGGCGCAUUAUCCGGACGCCAUGAAACCUCCACCCGGAGCCAAGCCGCCGAUCGAGAGGGACGAUUUCCCGGCUCCGCCGUAUCCUUAUACCGAUCCGGAGAGACGCAGACGAUGGUCCGACACUUACAAGGGUGUACCGGCGUCGGACGACGAGGACGAGGUCGACAACAAAACGUACAUAAAGGAGGUGGAGGAGAAGCUGAAGAAAGAGCAGGACGAGCUGAGUAAAAUAGACACCGGUAUAGCGAAGGUGUUCUUGCAAGAUCGCGAGAAGGAUCGGGAGAAUCUGAGACACAAGGCGGCCAACGUGGACCCGAGAAACGCCUCGAGAACACCGUCGGCUGCCAGGGAGCCGACUUACAGACUGCGAUACGAGAGUCCCGUUGGUGCAUCACCGUCUAGGAAUAUAGAUCAUGCCAGACCAUGGGAAGACGACGACGGUUUCAGUUAUAGAUCGAGCGUAGGGCCCAGUUACAACGUUGGGAGGUCAUCGGCACGUUCCCCGGCUCCCAGAAACUAUCCACCCGUUGGUACUCAACGCGCCUUCACUCUUCCAAACGCCGCUAGGCACUAUCAUUCGGGUGAUUAUUCGUUCAGUGGGAUGGGAGACAAGACGCACAGCACUGAUUUCUCGUCUGGCAAAUCAGAUAUAUCAACAGGCAGCAUCACGGAUGUGGAUCGACGGGCAUUGGUAUGUACCACAGCCCCAUACUACUCCCGGCGAAUUAGCAUGAAUGAUGGUGGGAUGCUGCCAUCGUCCACCACGUAUACAGGUGGCCUAGGUUCGGUAGUCGGGAGUCACGGGGGCCAUCACGUAAGAAGAUCGUUACCGGACAUGGGCACAGCGCCAUCCGAACCACCCAAACUCUAUCCCUAUCACUUACUUGUCAUCACUAACUACAGGCUGCCAGCCGAUGUGGAUCGUUGCAAUCUCGAACGGCAUCUUUCCGACGCGGAAUUCGAGGCAGUUCUCCAGUGUACCCGUGCCGAGUUCUACAGACUACCACAGUGGCGUCGUAACGAAAUCAAAAGACGUGCCCGACUGUUUUAACCAGCAGCAUAUUACGCGUUCUACUUAUAUAUUACCUUGAUCGUGUCGCGACUGUGUUACCGUGCUAUAGAGUGUACAUUCCUUCAGCGUGGUAGGUAUAUCAUGAAAAAGGGAACACGUGUUCAAAGAGCCGACGAUACAUGGCGGUUUUCAAACGCGAACAAUAUCAUCGGGACGAUCGUCCUCGGUCACUGACGUUCAAUGAUUCACGGGGAAUCUUCGAUGACACGUAUACACAUCAUCACACACGUACACACAAACGACAACACGUAUACACACACAGAUGAGCACUGCCAUUCGUCGUCAAUUUUCUUCUCUCAGCAACGAAUCCACAGGCAGCUUGACACUUUUGAUCCUCGAUUUAAUUAUUACCCUGUGACUUCGGUGCUUCUUACGGGAGAAUCUUUGCUGUUCAUAAUUGUGUUUAUCCGUUACCGCGAUGGGCAGACGAGACUCGAAAGACAGGUCGAUGAUUAGGGGCGGAGGAACAUUUCGGAUCGACGAUAGAGUCUAUACGUUAUCGUUGUUAAUGAAAAAUGUUUCGAGAAGGUAGAGUUAAAGAGAAGAUACAUAUGUGUAUGUAUGAAUCCUAUGGGUAACCGUUUUAGAGAACGGUUUCAGAGAAUUCUACUCCCGUGUCUAGCGUGUAAUUUCGUGACCAUGAAGGGAAAAGAAAACGGUAGAUGGGUAGCGUUUUAGGAGAGUAGCUGUUCCGAUGGUGAUCUUCCUUUGGGAAAAUGUCGAUGUAGAGGAAGGUUCCAUUAAUGAAUUUGGUAAUUUAUAUGUCAAAGAUUUGAGACGGUGACAAUUUAGAGAGUUGAACACUUGGAAGAAUUUUGAAAUUCAAAAGUUUGAGAAUUUCUAGGCGAGUUCUUCCUCGUCGCCAUUUUUUUGAGGGAAGAGUACCAUGCUCGGUAAUUCGCUAUACCCUCUUUCGCCAUUUUCCCUAGGGGAAGCUUAGAAUGCUCUCGACUGUAUCAGCCAGGUUAGAAACUUGACCAUUUACAACGGAUGUUCGUCGUGUCUUAGAGCUUAUGUCGACAUGGAGCACGCUAGAGGGAGCAAUAAUAACGAAAUUCAAGGGCAAAUAAUAGAGGACAUAUGGUAAUACUCGUAUUGCACGUACGUUGUUGUAAAUAAGGCGAAAGAGAAUGUUACGGUGGAUGAAACAAGCAGCAGCAAAAAGAAGCGAGAUAUAUAAAAGAAACAUACGUAUAUACAAUUUUGAGAAUUCGCUUGAACCACAAGACACACAUACUAUUUGCAAAGGGUUAUAAAACACGAAAGCGCUACUAUCAUAGGAGCUAUCAUUAUUAUGAUUUAAGUUUUAACUAUUAUUAUUAUUAUUAUGAUUAUAUUAUUAUUAUUAUUAUAUUUUACUAUAAGGAACAUGAGAAAUUUAUGAUAUAAGUAGAAAGAAAGACCAGCUUGCCGAGUGACGUGGUCAAUGCAUGCGUCAUCGAUAUUUAUCAAUUUUAAUGCUCGUUAACAGACAAUGUGUCUGUUGUUAAAUUAUAAUAUAUAAGACAUGUCUUAACGAUUUCUGACUUGUAUCGAAUACAUGAAAAACGCUCUGCGGUGCGGGCGAGAUUACACGAAUCAUAUCUGUGCUUCAAUCAAAAUAUUUGCGAAUAGACUAUUGUAAUUGUUCUAUUUCGCGCGAGUACGUCAGACGGCAAGCUAAAUAUUUGCGAAGCGUGCGUACAUUGGAAUAGGACAGUUGGAUCUAAUCGAACUGAUGUUAACACUUUGACAGCCGCUACCAUCCACCUUAUUUUCAUUUAUCUAUCAUUAUACACCGUUACACUUUGAGGCUUCCAGGUGUAAGAAUAUUUUGGGAACCCAAGAUAUUUCCAUAGAAUGCCUCAAUCUUAACCUCUUCAGGGAUGAUUUUCUUUUAAGAUAGAAAUCUAAUUAUAUUACGUAAUCAUACUUAUUUUAAUUAUACGUAAGAAUGUCCACGAGAUCAUUUAACGAAUCAAAUAAAAAGGUAAACGUGUCGAUCCUUGAAGAAGUUAAGCGUGUAACGAUCUAAGCCACAGAAAGUUAUUUCACGAAAUAGGCGACCGUCAAGGUGUUAAGCUUCCCGAAACGUAACUCGAUACGAAAAAAUUAGAAAACCGGAAAAAAAGAACGAGUCGAGAAACGCGUGUUUCACUCUACACAUCGCCACUUACCCUAAGUCAUGUGCCUAUAAUAUGUAAAUGUCGGCGGACAUUUUUUUUAACACGAGAAAAGUCGUUGAUAGUUUCUCUUUGCAAGAGCAUCCGACACACGCGUCCGUGCAAUUUCUUGGAGAAUUUCUCGUGGCUACGUUAACGAGAAUACAGGAACGUGCUCCAUGAUCUUGUGUAAUUGCGAACCUGUUGACGAACAGGCAGAAACUGAUAUGCACAGACGUUUAUGCGUGGCGAGAAUAAAGAAAGAAAGGACACACAGUUCUUAUCCACGAUAAAUAAUCGUUGCUCGUUUCCUUGUGGUCCGCUUUUGUACACAUUAUCGAAAUCAAUAAACUGCAAUAUUUAUCUUUAA